AUGUGGAUCCACUUUGCCCCCCUCAGCAUUCCGCUCUCCAGGCGCCUGCAGACAGCUGCGGUCCUACAAUGGACGUUCUCAUUUCUAGCAAUGGCCCAGUGCUGCCUGGUCCUCUAUGUCCUCCUCAUCUUCUCCCAGUACUGGUUUCUUGCGUUACUCUAUGGCAUCUGGCUGUACCUGGACUGGGACACCCCAUCGCAGGGUGGAAGGCGCUCGGAAUGGGUCAGGAGGUGGACAGUAUGGAAGUAUUUUGCUGAAUAUUUCCCUAUGAAGCUGGUGUGCACCGCCCCAUUGGAUCCUCGUAACAAUUACAUCCUUGGAUUCCAUCCUCAUGGGGUUCUAGUGGUGGGAGCCUUUGGAAAUUUCUGCACUGAGGGUACCGGCUUCUCCCACUUCUUCCCCGGGCUCACCCCUCAUCUCCUGAUGCUGCCGGCUUGGUUCCGAGUGCCCUUCUUCCGAGAGUACAUCAUGAGUGGCAGUCUGGUGUCCUCGGAUAAGGCCAGCGCCUCCCACCUGCUGUCUAAGGAAGGUGGAGGCCAUGCUUUGGUGAUUGCAGUCGGAGGUCCACCUGAAGCACUAGACGCCAAACCUGGGCAACUUACCCUUCAGUUGCUCAAAAGGACUGGGUUCAUUAAACUGGCUUUGAUGCAUGGGGCCCAUCUGGUUCCGGUUAUUUCUUUUGGGGAGAAUGAUCUGUACUAUCAGGUAAAUAAUCCUCGUGGGUCUUUGCUACGAACCGCUCAGGAGAGGAUGCAGAAGAUUUUGGGAGUCGCAUUGCCACUGUUCCACGGUCGAGGCGUCUUCCAGUACAGCUGGGGCUUACUGCCCCACAGAAGACCCAUCUAUACAGUGGUGGGCUCGCCAAUCCCGGUGGAAAAAACUCCGCAUCCUACUACAGAACAGAUAGCCUCUCUCCACGCUGCUUACAUUGAGAAGCUUCAGGAUCUCUUUGAGGCUCAAAAGACUCGGUAUGGAAUCCCGAAAGAUUGCCAGCUGGUUCUGUGCUGAGAUGGCCAUCGGGUGAGUCUUCACCUGGAGACAGCAGCAGAUAGACAUCUCACAAUGAGGUUCUCCUGUGUUAUAUCACCGGAUGAAGAGGUC